UAGUGGUUAAAAAUACACUUUUAUUUAUUUUAAAUGAUAAAAUAAAUUGAGUUUUAAUUGAUAUUUUCAUGAAAUUAUUGUAAUAUAUUUUAUAAAUGAAAAUAUUUGAUUUUGAUUCAAUUUAUGUCUUUCUUGUAGGAAUUAAAGUGUAUUUUUGUUGAAAGAAAGAGGAAGGAGCAAAGUUGAAAAGAAAUGAAGAAAAAAAUGGCAUUUUUGUUGAAGUCCAAAGCAACCCAACCCAAAAAGGUUAAGCCUAGCCCAUGAAGCUCAUCAUCAAUUUUGUCUCUUCCAAAGCAUGUGAUGCAAUGAUGAUAAGUCUAGGUCAUCAUCAACCCUAUUUUCCUCUUCCACACUCAACCUUCAUCCAAAGAGUAGAAGUCAAAAUCACAAUGAUAACAAAAAUAAUAUUAAUUUUAUUUUUGAUUUGAAAUGUCAAAUUUAAUCUUAAUAUUUAUUUUAUAAUCCCAAAUUUUUAUUUAUUUAUUUUUAGUCCUUUUAUGGCUCUAUAAAUAGGAGCUCAUUUUAGUAAUUUUUAGUGUGUAAUUUUUAGUGUAGAAAAACUAUAGCAAAAUUCUCUCAACUUUUCUUCUCAUCUUUUCUCUUUAGAAAUUUUAUGAGAAUGAUUAGCAUAAUGGCCUAAUCUUCCUUGGAAGGUUAGGGAUGAUUCCUUACGCAAAGUGAGGUUAUUUUGUAUCUUUGAUUCACUUUUUGUUGUAAUGUUUAUUUGAGUAAUGCAAGUUCAUAUUCCACUUUUAUUUUUAUGUUCUUCUUCCAUCUAUACUAUCUAUGCUAUUAUACCAAAUAUAUAUAUAGACUUAGUCAUGCUCUUUCUAUAUAUUUUUAUUUAGUGAUUAUAGUAAUGGUAGUAUUGCUCAUUUCUAUCUUUUAUGUUCAUUUUUAUUUACUUUUUGUUAAAUGAUAUAUAGGUUUAGUCAUGCUCUCCCUAUGUGUCUAAAAAUUAAUAAAAGUAAUAUUAAUGUUCAUUUCCUUCACUAUAACCUCCAUCUCCAUCUCCAUCUCUUUGUCAUUAUUUUUACUAAAAAUAUAUAGGAUUAGUCAUGCUCUUUCUAUGUGUUACUAUUUAGUAAAAAUAAUAUUGAUGUUUAGUUUUAUAUUUAAUCUUUUAUUGCAUUAUUGCUUGAUGUAUAAUGUCAUUUCUAGGUUCUACAUAAGAUUAAAUUAUUUCUUUUAUUUUUAAGAACUUGUAUACUCAAAAUAUAAUGAACUUUAAUGUUCCAUCAUUUGUGUCAACUUAGUGAAUCAAAGGUACAAAAUAGCUAAACAAGCAUAUGGAUGAUUCUUGAAGCCUUUCUCUCUUUUACUAUUGAUUACACAUCUAUUUGCUUUCUUUUAAUAUUUAUUAUCAAAUUAAAAAUCACAAAAUCAUUUGUUACUACUAUCACUUAUUAUUAACCUUUUGUUUUUAUUUUUCUACUAACGCUUUUGUCCAUAAUCACCUCCCUGUGGAAUCGACCGCCCGAUCUAUACUACAACCACCGCUAGUGGAAGUCACAUUUGGGCGUUAAACAAAUUUUGGCGCCGUUGCCGGGGAGGUAAUUUUUCGAAAGCUAGUGAAAUCUACAAUUAAGAGGUUAGUAACUUUUUUUUUUUGUUAUAUUUUAUUUUCUUGUGAAUAUUGUCUUAUGUUGUGUAAAUAUUUGUAAAAAAAAAAAUUACCAAGAAUUCAAAGUAUGCUCUAAGGUUGCGGUUUUAUCCGAUCUUCCUUAUCAGAAAUGAUUUCUUGAAAAAAAAAAAAAAGUCUAUUCCCUUUAUUUUUUUUUAUUAUUUUUUUACUUUAAUUUUUAUUUAGUGUGAUUGUUUAUACUAUCUUUUAGUUAUUGUUUCUUUUUUUUCAUUAGUGUUUUAUUUGUCUUUUUCUUAGUACUCAUAGCAUUUAAGUCCUCUAAAAAAUCAUAAAAUACAAAAAAAAAAGUAAGUUAUAAAAAGUCCUUCAUAAAACGCUUAGUAUUUGGUACAACAGUGUAAUAUUGUAUAUGACACAAACCAAGAUUGUUCUGUCUAGAAAGAUUGGUUUUUAAAUAAGGUUUGUGUUAGUGUACCCUCCACCUUACCUGGGAACCUCGGUUCUGUCUAGGCAAGGUUGGGACGAAGCGGUACCUUGGCAACCUUUCCAAUUGGCCUGGGAACAUUUUUGUGUUAAUCAUUGUAAUAUUACAUUUUUGUGCUAUUUACUAUAACAAAAACAACCUUGUUUUAUCAAAAAUAAGCAACUCAUUUUUGCUUAGAAAGGUCUUUGGUCGAAAAGGUUAGUGAACCCUUCACACUUACCUGGUAACCCCGGGGAGUUCUAGUAAGUUGUGAAGGACCAUUCUAAAAACCUCCAAAGUAACCUGGGAACAAGUUGAACAAAAACAAAAUUAAAUAUAUUUAAAAAAAAAAAAAAAAAAAAAAAAAAAAGCAAACAAGAGUGGAUGAGUAACUCUUCUUCUGACGAAACCACUUCUAGUGAAACUUCGUCCAAUCCAUCCACUACUCCUUCUCCCAUUCACACGAUAAUCGGUAAUCCUUUCGCAAUGAAUAAUAAUAAUGAAAUACAACAGAGAACACUUAAUGAUUACCUUCACCCCACCCAAACUUCCAUACCAUCAUGCUUCAUAUUUCCACCUAAUAUGCCAAGUCUUGGUGUCAAACCCGGCAUUAUUCAACUUUUGCCAACUUUUCAUGGAAUAGAAAAUGAAAAUCCAUAUGUGCAUAUUAGGGAAUUUGAGGAAGUUGUUGACACUUUUUAUGACCGAGCAACCAUCAAUGAUGCUGCACGCUUAAAGUUUUUUCCCUUCUCCUUGAAGGAUAAAGCUAAAAGUUGGUUGUAUUCCUUGAGAUCUAGGUCUAUCGGAACAUGGGAAGAAAUGACCAAAACAUUUUUUGUUAAAUAUUUCCCUGUCCAUAAGACCAACAGUUUGAAAAGACAAAUCUCAACAUUUUCCCAAAAAGACAAUGAAACAUUCUAUCAAGUCUGGGAGAGAUUUAAAGAUCUCUUAAGUCAGUGUCCACACCACGGGUACGAGAGUUGGCGCAUCGUCAGCUACUUCUAUGAAGGCCUCACAAGUCGUGAGCGCCAGUUCGUAGAAAUGAUGUGCAACGGUGAGUUCCUUCAAAAGGAACCCGAAGAAGCUCUUGAGUUUCUCAUUGAGCUUGCUGAAAAAUCUCACACAUGGACUGGUCCAAGUGCUGCUGAAAGCACCAACAGAAAUCGACCAGCUGGGAUUUACCAACUUCGGGAAGAGGAUAGCUUAAAGGCCCAAGUCGAAGCUUUAAAAAAGCAAAUUGAAAUCCUUACGACUAAAGAUGGCCAAAAAGGGCGCAUGGUUGCCCAAGCACAAACUAGACCACUCGAACCUUGUUUCGUUUGUGGAGAAAAUGACCAUUUAGCUAAGGACUGCUUAGUGUACAAAGAAAUGAAGGGGGUUCAUGAGGAGCAAUGCAAUGCCUUAGGGCAAUAUAACAAGCCAUUCUCCCAUGCGUACAACCCGGGUUGGAGAAACCACCCAAAUUUUAGUUGGAGAGAUAAUUCCAACCAAGGUCAAACUUCUGGAGGACAAUGGAGAAAUGAGAAUCAAGCUCAACCUCCAAAGGCAUAUCAUGCACCUCAAUACCAUGCUCAACAACAAGGAAACUCCCUUGAAAAUACCAUUCAUGCAUUCAUUGAGGAACAAACCAAAAUCAAUCGCCAAUUAAAGGAAGAUGUCCAAGAAAUAAAAAGUCAAUUUUCAAAAUUGAACACAUCCUUAGCUAUUUCUGAGAAAGGCAGACUUCCUUCCCAACCUCAAUUCAAUGCACAAGGGCAACAUAUGGCUGAAACCUCCACCUCUAAUGAUCCCAUCAUUAAAGGGGUUAACGCCAUCACAACAAGAAGUGGUAAAGCUUUGGAAGAUCCAUCCAUCAAAACCACUACUUCAAAUUUAAAAGUUGCCCCUGACAGUGCACCGAUAAAUGCUCAAUCAAAAUUACCAUUUCCCCAGGCUCUUAGACCUGUUGGAAAAAUUCCUGAAAACCGAGCUGAACUCCUUGAGCACUUGACACAAGUGAAGAUUAAUCUUCCUUUGCUUCAUAUCAUAAAACAAGUGCCAGCUUAUGCCAAAAUCAUCAAGGACUUGUGCACUGCUAAGAGAAAGCACCAUGUCAAGAAGACUGCUUUCUUGACUGAACAAGUGAGUGCGGUGAUCGAACAAAAGACACCGCCAAAAUACAAAGAUCCUGGUUGUCCCACCAUUUCAUGCCAAAUUGGGACUCAUGAAGUCAGCCAAGCUUUGCUUGACCUUGGCGCGAGUGUGAAUCUCAUGCCUUACUCUGUGUACUCGCAACUUGGUCUUGGAGAAAUGAAGCCAACAUCUGUUGUGCUGCAGCUUGCUGACCGCUCUAUCAAAAAGCCUCGGGGUAUCGUUGAGGAUGUUCUUGUUCAAAUUGAGAAAUUCUAUUAUCCCGUGGACUUCCUUGUUCUAGAUACUCAAUCUGUGGUCAACAUGGAAUCCAAAAUUCCCAUCAUCCUUGGAAGACCAUUCCUUGCCACUGCAAAUGCUUUGAUCAAUUGUCGUAAUGGUCUAAUGAAAAUAUCAUUUGGAAAUAUGACACUUGAGGUCAACAUUUUUCACAUUGGGAAACAACUUCAAGAGGAUGAAGAAUGUCAUCAAACAUUCAUGAUUGACAAUCUUGUUUCUGAAGAGAUUCAAUUGCAAAGAAAUUUCGUUAAUCUUGAUGAACUCCUCUCUCGCCUUGAAAAUGAAAAUCCCAGUUUUGUUGAGUCCGCUCUUGCUACCGUUGAUCAAUUGGACACACAAAACAGAGGGAAGAAAUUUUGGAAGCCACACUUUGAAGCAUUACCUCGUGAGAGGGAAACGCUAAAAGCUUCUGCCGAAGAACCUCCCAAUGUUCAACUGAACCAACUUCCAAAGGGUUUGAAACAUGUUUUUCUAGGAGAUGGCCAAACCUUUCCAGUUAUCAUCUCGUCCGACCUUCAACUUUCUCAAGAAUUGCAGUUACUCGAGCUACUGCGAAAAUACAAACUUGCGAUAGGUUGGACAUUUGCUGAUAUCAAAGGUAUUAGCCCUCGAAUUUGCACCCAUCGAAUUAAUCUAGAAGAAGAAGCUAUCCCACGAAGGGACCCUCAAAGAAGACUGAACCCCACAAUGAAAGAAGUGGUGAAAAAUGAAGUGUUAAAACUUCUUGAUGCUGCUAUCAUUUACCCGGUGGCCGACAGCAAAUGGGUCAGUCCAGUUCAGGUAGUACCUAAGAAAUCAGGUGUUACUGUUGUCCAAAAUGACAAAGGGGCCCUUGUUCCCACCAAAACUGUGACGGGUUGGCGCAUGUGCAUUGAUUAUCGAAAAUUGAAUGCCGCCUCCCGUAAAGAUCAUUUUCCGCUCCCAUUCAUUGAUCAAAUUCUUGAGCGCGUAGCUGGUCAUCCUUUCUAUUGCUUUCUCGAUGGUUAUUCAGGUUACUAUCAGAUUGAGAUUGCAUUAGAGGACCAAGAGAAGACAACUUUCACUUGCCCUUUUGGAACAUAUGCUUUCCGGCGUAUGCCAUUUGGACUGUGUAAUGCACCAGCUACUUUCCAAAGAUGCAUGAUGAGCAUUUUCAGUGACAUGAUUGAAAACACCAUGGAAGUUUAUAUGGAUGACUUAACAGUCUUUGGAAAAUCUUUUGACGCAUGCCUUCUCAAUCUUGAGGCUGUUUUAAAACGUUGCAUCGAGAAAGGUCUUGUGCUUAAUUGGGAAAAGUGUCAUUUUAUGGUAUCUUCUGGAAUUGUCUUAGGCCACAUUGUUUCUGAAAAAGGGAUUGAGGUUGAUCAAUCUAAAAUUGACCUCAUCUCUAAACUUCCUACCCCUAAGACUGUCAAAGACAUUCGGUCAUUUCUUGGCCAUGCUGGUUUUUAUAGGAGGUUCAUAAAGAAUUUUUCAAUGAUUUCUCGCCCAUUAUGCAACCUCCUAGCCAAAGAUGCUACUUUUGAGUGGACACCAAAGUGUGAGGAGUCCUUCCGAACACUUGUGAAUUCACUCACUUCUGCUCCCAUUAUUCAGUCACCCGAUUGGAGUCUUCCUUUUGAAAUCAUGUGUGAUGCCAGUAAUUUUGCUGUUGGAGCUGUUCUUGGACAACGAAGGGAGGGGAAACCUUUUGUUGUCUACUAUGCAAGUAGAACUCUUAAUAGUGCUCAAAUGAACUAUUCCACAACUGAAAAAGAGUUGCUUGCCGUUGUCUUUGCUCUUGACAAAUUCCGAGCUUACCUGAUUGGAUCACCUAUUACGAUCUUCACCGAUCACUCCGCCCUUAAGUACCUCCUUUCCAAAAAGGAUGCUAAGGCACGCUUAAUAAGGUGGAUCCUUCUCUUGCAAGAAUUUGACAUAACAAUCAAAGACAAGAAAGGUGUUGAAAAUGUAGUCGCGGAUCACUUGUCCCGACUUGAAUUUAGUGAUCCCGCUGAUGGCCCACCUAUUCAUGAUGAUUUCCCCGAUGAACAAUUAUUCGUUGUUACUAAGUUACCGUGGUAUGCGCACAUUGUUAACUACUUAGUAACUGGUGAGCUCCCUUCUGAGUGGAGUUCACAAGACAAACGCAAAUUCUUGGUCGAGGUGCGAAAUUUCUUUUGGGAUGAUCCAUACUUAUUCAAGUAUUGUCCCGACCAGAUUAUGCGAAAAUGCAUUCCCGAUGAUGAGGUGUCUAGUGUGCUAAAUUUUUGCCACAAUGAUGCUUGUGGUGGUCACUUUUCUGUGAAGAAAACCGCUGCAAAAAUCUUACAAUGCGGUCUUUACUGGCCCACUUUGUUCAAAGACACCAAUAAUUUUUGUCGCUCUUGUGUAAGGUGCCAAAAGUUAGGCUCCUUGUCCCGUCGGCACAUGAUGCCCUUGAACCCAAUUGUUGUCAUCGAAGUAUUUGAUUGUUGGGGGAUAGACUUUAUGGGACCAUUUCCACCUUCUUUUGGUUACCUUUACAUCCUUCUAGCUGUGGAUUAUGUUUCAAAAUGGGUCGAGGCGGUACCUUGUCGAAAUAAUGAUAACGCGACUGUUGUGAAAUUCUUAAAAGAAAAUGUGUUAUCGAGGUUUGGUACCCCUCGCACUAUCAUUAGUGAUCAAGGCACUCAUUUUUGCAACCGAUCUUUUGAGGCUCUUAUGCGAAAGUACGGUGUACUUCACAAAGUUGCCAAUGCCUAUCAUCCACAAACCAAUGGUCAAGCUGAGCUAGCUAAUAGGGAGAUCAAAAACAUUCUUGAAAAGACGGUAAAUCCCGACCGCAAAGAUUGGUCAACACGUCUUCAAGAUGCACUUUGGGCAUAUCGCACUGCUUACAAGUCCCCUCUUGGGAUGUCUCCUUAUCGGCUUGUCUAUGGGAAAGCAUGUCAUUUACCUGUCGAACUUGAGCACAAAGCUUAUUGGGCUAUUAAGGCCCUGAACUUCGAUCUACGUGCGGCAGGUAUGAACCGAAAACUUCAAUUGUCUGAAAUUGAGGAGUUGAGAAAUGAUGCUUACGAUAAUUCUAGGAUCUACAAAGCAAAGCUGAAAGUUGCUCACGAUAAACAGAUCCUAAGAAAACAUUUUGAGCCGAAUCAAAAAGUACAUUUGUACGAUUCUCGUUUGCAUCUCCACCCCGGUAAGUUGAGAUCGAGGUGGACUGGUCCAUAUGUGGUGAAACAAGUAUUCCCCAACGGUUCUGUUGAAGUCAAGGACCCAACCGAUGGGAGAAUUUUUCGAGUCAAUGGCCAGAGACUGAAACAUUACAUUGAGAGUGUGAGCCUUGUUGAAGAGGUCCUUCUUGAGGACCCAGAUUAUACACUCUGAAUGUUUAUUUUCCCUAUCUAUAUAUUAUAGUAUUUUAUUUUAUUUUUAUUUUGUGUUUUUGUAUUUUUGUAUUCUCUAUGUUUGUUUUGGGUUACUGUUAUCAGGUUAUCUCCACUCUCGCCCCGUGCAUAUUCUCGUCGAUCAGGUGUACUCUUUUCCCUAUCUUUUUCAUUUCAUAUUUUUUGUGACAUUGAGGACACUGUCUAAUUUUGAGUUGGGGGUGGUGAGCUCUGGUGAGCGUUCAUUUAGAGAACUGUAAUUGUCUUGUUGAAUUUUUUAAGUCAAAUUUUUUUCAAAAUUAUCCAAGCAUGAUAGUAAAAUUACAGUUUGAGUCAAUAUUUGCUAUAUUUUGUUACCAAGUUGUGAUUUUCAGAGUCCUUUUGUGCACUUUCCAAACAUGUGGUAAAAUGGUUGUAAACACAUAUAGUUAAGAAAAAUUUUGAGUGUAAAGUUUUUCAUUUUUGGUGAGUUGUGAGAGUUGAGAAAACAACUUUUUGAACUUUCAUUGAUCAUUUGAGUUGGUAAAGUCAAACUUUUGGAAUUUCAAACAUGACAUUUACUAGAGGGAUUAAUUUUAUGUCAAAAGAGCCUUUGUGUUUAUUUCUUUGUAACUUUAUUGUAUUUCCUUAUAUCUUUAUUUUUAUAUGUUGUCUCUUGUCA